AGAGGUUGUUCCCUUUGCUCAGCUGAGGGAGAAGUCCUGCAAAGUGCACCUGUGUGCGCAGAAGGUCCGUUCGGCGAUUGCGAGGCUUUUCGUUUCGUGAGGCGAGAGUUUGUAGGCGGCGAUGGCUGCGCUGAAGUACGCGGGCUUGGACGACACCGACAGCGAUGAGGAGCUGCCGCCCGGCUGGGAGGAGCGAACCACCAAGGACGGCUGGGUGUAUUAUGCCAAUCAUCUUGAAGAGAGAACUCAGUGGGACCAUCCCAAAUCUGGAAAACGAAAGCGUGUUGCAGGAGAUUUGCCAUAUGGGUGGGAGCAAGAAACAGAUGAAAAUGGACAAGUCUAUUUUGUUGACCAUAUAAACAAAAGGACAACAUAUCUUGACCCACGACUGGCAUUCACAGUGGAAGACAAUCCGUUGAAACCUAAUGCCAAGCAGAAGUAUGACGGAAACACCACUGCGAUGGAAGUUCUUCAGGGGCGAGAUAUGAGUGGAAAAGUGAUAAUCAUUACUGGAGCAAAUGCAGGAAUAGGCUUUGAAACAGCAAAGUCCCUUGCACUUCAUGGAGCACAUGUUAUCCUUGCCUGCAGGAAUAUGGUGAAAGCUAACGAGGCUGUGAAGAGUAUCCUGGAAGAAUGGCACAAAGCCAAGGUAGAAGCAAUGACCUUGGACCUUGCAUCUCUUCGGAGCGUACGGGAGUUUGCCGAAGCAUACAAAUCCAAGAAUAUACCUAUCCAUGUGCUGAUCUGCAAUGCUGGUAUAUUUGGUGCUUAUUGGGAACUGACUGAAGAUGGCCUGGAGUCUGUCUUCCAGGCCAAUCAUCUGGGGCACUUUUAUCUCAUUCAACUCCUCAAAGAUGUUCUCUGUCGCUCAGCUCCUGCACGAGUUGUGGUGCUGUCAUCUGAAGGACACAGGUUCACAGAAAUUUUUGACAACUCAGGAAAACUUGACUUCAAUCAGCUUUCUCCGCCUAAGAAAGAUUUCUGGCCUAUGCUAGCCUACAAUCGAGCAAAACUGUGCGGUCUUCUGCUAUCCAGUGAGCUCAACCGCCGUCUUUCCCCCCAUGGAGUGACAUCAAAUGCGGUGCAUCCUGGAAAUCUAAUAUAUACAUCUCUUCAUCGCAGCUAUUGGGGAUAUACCCUGUUAUUUGCUUUGUUUCGUCCAUUUACGAAGUCCCUGCAACAAGGAGCUGCCACCAGUGUCUACUGCGCUUGUGCCCCCGAGCUGGAAGGCCUGGGCGGGAUGUACUUCAACAACUGCUGCCGUUGCUCACCAUCAGCAGAGGCGGAGAAUGAGACAACUGCCAAGGCCUUGUGGGAGCUGAGUGAGAAGCUGAUCCAAGAACGUGUUGGCAGCCCCAGCAAAUAAGAAGAGCAUCUCGAGGACAGAAACCUACCAAGUAUAGCUACUCAGGCAGAAAGUGAGAGAGGGGAAAUGGCGGUGGGGGGGGGGGGUAGAGAAAAGAAGAAAUGCCAAUACUGGAACCUUUUCCAAGCCUAUCGUUUAGAAGGUUACAUGUACACCUUAGCUAGGGUUAUAUGGUAGCAGUGAUGACGUAGAGGCCAAUUAUUUAAAAAAAAAACAGGUUGGGGGACUGGGGAUCAGGGAGGGGUUUGCAGACAGUAUAGCUUUGCCAGCCUUUAGGCCUUCUGCAUUUAGUUGCUUCGAUUAUUCUCAGUUCAAAGGACCAUGGAACAAUUUUUAAUGCCAUACCCACUGGGGUUUUAUAGGUGUACAUCCCCCCUUUUUAAGUGUACAUCUUUAAAAAAAAAAAAAGAUGAGAGUGCAUGUGAAAAUGCUUAUGACCCAGGUACACUCACUGGGAGCUGCUUCAUGAUGUGUGAAUGGCCCACAGUGCAUCUUCAGCAGAGUAACACCCUUCUAAGCUCAUCGACAUCGGUGGGCUUACAGGGGUGGAAUUCUGCUUAGGGUGGCCCUAUUGGAUUCCCUUCUGCUCAAAAACAUGGCUCAGAAGACAGGAACGACCCUCUGGGGUUUCAGAUUGUGAUCCGGGUUUUUUAAAGUCUCUGAUGAGGGCCUCCCGUUGCCCGUGAUGCUGAUAACGGUUAAUAUAGAGAGGGUGUGACAAAACCACCCACAACUUUUAAAUAAUCAAAAAGUCUCCUUGGCUGCAAAUAAAACUACCUUGCCAAGAAAGAGAAGGUGCCCAAAGUCCAGGUUAACUCUGUUUCUAAUUAAAUAUAUUGCAGGAUUUCCUUAAAAUAUGAUAUUAAAAGGUACAUUUGCAAACCAUUCUCUAAAUAUUAUUGAGAUAAUGUUGUCUCUUUUAUAAACACAGAGGAUGUAAUCAAUUGAAAGGGGGUUCAAAUGUGUUCCUUCAAGUUCUUGGAUUACAGUUUUAAGGAAGGUUCGAUUCUACCGGAUGUCUCCAGUGUCCCAGGUUCUCUCGGCACUGUGUUCCCGUUCAGUUUCUUCCUUCCUUUCUUUUUUUUCAAUUUAAAUGUAGUAAAAGAACAUGCUUGAAUAUUUGUCACCUGAAGAGCAAGUCUGUCUUGUUCCCAUGAAAGUUCCUUUUUUUUUUUAAGAAAAGAAAACUUGAGGAAAAAUAAAGAACUCUUCAACGCCAUGGAAACGCCAUUAUUUUUGUUCUUCCUUUGUUCUGAGUUCAUUUGUCUGUGGGGAUUAUUUUGCUUGUGCUUUGAAGCUGUCUUCAUGCCAGAAAAUUGUUGUAAGCCAUCUGCAAUCCAGCAUCAGGUUUUCUGUAAGCAAAAGAAAAUAAAUAAAAAUAAAUAAAAGGUGGUGGUUUAAA